AACAUGUAAGUUUUGUUUUUGGCUGUUAUUUUGUUUUGCUUUGCACAUUUGUUGUCAUUUUCUGAAUCGUAUGUUCCAUAAAAAUAAAAAGCCACGGACGCAAGAUAACACGACGACGGCAGCCACGAGCCAGUGUGACGGGGACGGUCGCUCUUCAGCGGGCUGGAAAUGUGUUAUGCCGUAAUCGCUCGGUUCCUUCGUCGUCGGAUUGUGCUGGCGAUCAUUUUCCUGCUGUCGCUGACGUACUGUAUGGUGCGAUUAAUCGGAAAUAACGUAUCGCUAAACUUGGACGGUGAUCUAUUUCAAACAAGUCUACAGCGCGAAAAGCCUAUCAUCUGGACUGGUGCCAUUCUCGAGGAACGCAACCGCUCCAAUGAUCUAUCUAUAACCUGCCGAAACUCCGUUCAAGGCAAAGCCCUCAUCGUUGAUGACCGAGGCUACGUUUGUACCAGAUUCGAACUACUGUGGACCGGAUGCUGCAACGUAGAAGUGGAAAGUACCAAACUUUUCCAUUGCGAUACCUGCCAGAACAGCAAUUGCUGUGCGAUUUACGAGUAUUGUGUAUCGUGUUGUAUGCACCCGAAUAAGAGGCCAUUACUGGAAAGGGUGCUGGCCAAAGCAACCGGGCGUCAAAUCGCGGUUUACGCCACCGUGAACGACCAGUACGAGCUGUGUCUGACAAAGUGUAGAACCAAUUCGCAUUCAGUGCAGAAUGAAAACAAAUAUCGCGAUCCAAAGUUAAAACACUGCUACGGCGAAACCGAAGAACAACUCACUGCUCAGAACAGCAGAAACAGUGCCAGUGGUGCAGUAGACACAAGUGACAACCAUAAUCCCCUAAUAAAUAGUGUGUAGGUGAAAGAAUGCUGAUAAUGUGAAAACUGUUUGCGGUUUGUGAUAAGAAGUCAGAUCCAGACAAAUAAUGAAAUAUUUUUGUAUUUGAUUUAUCGUAAAGCAACCGAAAAUGAAUCGCAACUUUGAAAGGCAGAUUGAACAUUUCAAAUACAGACUGACAUCCUCGCACAAAUAUCGCCGCCUGGAUCAGCG